UGGUUUGAUAUGCGCAUGCGCUAGACGGUGGAGGACGACAACCCUAAAUGAGCUCGUAGGAAUGAGCUGACUUGAAAUGUUUGUUUAUUCGAUUGCACGACUGCUUACAAUGUAUGUGAAAUAUAUUUAGUUGAAAUGAAGCUCUCUAGAAAGCUAGUUCUCGCCAAAGCUAAGGCAUCUGACCUGGAUAGUGUAAAGAAACUAAAUUGUUGGGGAUGUAAUCUGACAGACAUAUCCAUCUUCACCCUAAUGUCCAACAUCGAGGUGCUGACACUGAGUGUCAACAGUAUCACAUCUCUUGCUCCUCUGGCCAGUUGCCUGAACCUAUGUGAGCUCUAUCUAAGGAGGAACAUGAUCUCCUCACUAUCAGAGCUGUCCCACCUGCGUUUGCUGGGCCGUCUGAAGGUGCUGUGGUUGGCAGAAAACCCCUGCUGUGGCACUGACCCAAACAAGUACAGACUCACAGUACUGCGAUGCCUCCCACGUCUUCAGAAACUGGAUAAUCAAGUGGUGACAGAGGAGGAGGUUGCACUUGCUCUUACCCAAGGAGAAGAGGUCACUACCCCCACAGACCCAGUCCAAAACCAGCUUUCAACCAAUGGUCAGCCAGACACAGAGACAGAGAAUGAUCCCCUUGAAUACAGCAUGGAUGAGACAAACAAAAUAAGGGAACAGUUGGGAAUGAGGCCACUUCCAAGAGAUAAGUUCCCAUCAUUGUCUUCUCCAUCAACCAGAGAAAACAGGCUGCUCACAAGAAAGUCACACACACUUGAUGCAAUUCUGCUUCUGCUCAAAGAUUUGGAUGAAGACGAGCUUCAUGUUGUGCAUACAGCUACACAGAACAGACUCCAAAUGUUUACAUUAAAUUCAGAAAUGAUGAAAAACUCACUACAGACCAAAAGGACUGUAGAUAUUGAAGAUUAGUCUAUAUGUAGUCCAGUUGCUUAUAGUGUUCCAGCUUGCAUGUAAAUUGCACUAAUCAAAUUGAAUAAUAGGCUCAAUUCAUGCUUACCUGAAGAUGUUUGGAAACAUGCUAAUGACAACUUCCGGUGAAGUUACCGAUACUCGAUUAUACACUGUAUGAAGAAUAAUUAUAUACAGUCUAUAUACUGGGCAUGUGAUAAAACAGUUACUAUUGGCGACAGAGCCCAAAGUAGUCAUCCACUUGUUUCCAAACAUCUGUCAGCUUUGUGACAUAAGUGAAUAGAGCCCAUAAGUAUGAUUCUCACCUGCCUUUAUCAAAAAGAAUGUAUGUUUUGCAAAAAUAUUUAUAUAAAGAAAAUCACAUGA